AUGUCUGAUGAUGAGCUUUACCGCGUGUCCGUACUCGCCCUCCUUGCUGGGAUCAUCCUGUUAAACAAGCAGGGCCAACGAAACGCGUAUCACGAAUACGGAGGUUUCUGUGCGCUGAUCCACGCGUUCGUGACGAUUGACGAGUCGGGAAAUGCUCGGGCCGUGUUGCAGUGCAGCAAGCUCGUCGUGUCACCCUUCGCCUUGAUGAAAUUCUCCGAGAAUCCAGAGGCUCCAGCGUCGAGUGACACCGGAAGGUCGUUCACUCACUCUCACAGACUCAAAAACCCACCCCUGGGGAUUGAAGAUUUCAGAUUGAUCCCCCAGAGUGUAGAGGUUGAAGAUGGCGUUAAUGCCCCGAAAACGUGGCGCUGCGGCGCCAGCGCAACGUCUGGAAAAAUCUCACCUCACAUCCGAAAUCUCAUUGGCAUAGCUCUCACUCACAUCUCAUUCUCACCCUCACCCCGUGUUGGAUGUGAACACACAGAGAUCUCACCAAGAUCUCACAAGAAACUCGAUCAAGAAGGGCGAGAGAGCUCACGGUGA